CGAGGAGAUGGCGGAGCCCGGAGCGGGCGCUGGGGCGGACGGGGGAGGCGGCGGGCGGGCUGCUGGAGGGGGUGGUAGCGCUGGGGUUGCGGGUGCAGCUGGAGCUUCUGGUGGGAGUGCAGCUAGGGCGGGAGCUGCUCGGGCUGGUGUAGUUGGUGGGGCUGCAGCUGGGGCUAGUGGGGCUGCAGCUGGGGCUAGUGGGGCUGCAGGGGCUGCUGCGUCUAGUGGGGCUGGUGCUGCUGCUGGUGUUGGAGCUAGGGCUGGUGCUGCUACUAGUAGGGCUGGUGCAGGUGCAGUCGGUGGGGCUGGAACUGGGGCCGCUGCUGCUGCUGGGGCUGCUGCUGGAUCCGAUGCAGCUGUCGGGACUGGGGCUGCUGCUGGGACUGCUGCAGCUGCCGGGGUUGGGGCUGAUGCCGGCGGGGCGAAGCCGCUGAGCGCGGCCGAGUACGCGCGGCGGGUGCAGCAGUGGCUGUGGGACUCGUACUGCGGGUCGCUGGGCUGGCCGGGCUGCCCGCCCGCGCUCCUCGCCGCGCCCCCCGCCCCAUUCUACCUGCUCGCCGCCCCCGCCUGGCCCGGGCCCGCCCCGCCGCCCGCCGCGCCCGCCGCCAGCGCCCCCCGCGACAGCGCCCGCCCGCCAGGUCGGGAGUUCAUUAUCCCUUCGCUGGCACACAGGUUCAUAGCAGAGAUGGUGGAUUUUUUUAUUCUGUUCUUCAUAAAGGCGACCAUUGUUUUAAGUAUUAUGCACCUCAGCGGAAUAAAGGACAUCUCUAAAUUUGCCAUGCAUUACAUAAUUGAAGAAAUAGAUGAAGAUACAUCCAUGGAAGAUUUGCAGAAGAUGAUGGUGGUAGCACUUAUCUACAGGCUGUUAGUCUGCUUCUACGAGAUCAUCUGCAUUUGGGGAGCAGGUGGAGCAACCCCAGGGAAGUUCUUGCUUGGACUGCGAGUUGUGACGUGUGAUACAUCCGUCCUUGUUGCACCCAGCCGUGUGUUAGUCAUUCCAUCUUCCAAUGUCAGCAUGACAACGUCCACAAUACGAGCAUUGAUCAAGAAUUUUUCCAUUGCUUCAUUUUUUCCUGCAUUUAUUACGCUGCUGUUUUUCCAGCAUAACAGAACAGCCUACGAUAUCGUGGCAGGGACUAUUGUGGUCAGAAGAAAUGGAGUCAGAUGAUACCAAAAGAUGGGAUUUCCAGACUGGUUUUGAACAUCCCCUCCUACCCCCAGUGAACACAGACCUACCCCAAAACUGAAACUGAGGCAUCUAUCGGAAUCUUUUGCCCAAAUUAAUUGGGAACUGAUUCAGAAGCUAGAGAAAACGUUUUGCUCCAGUGUGAUGCCAGCAGCUACCUUUGAAGUAUUGGAGUUUUCAUAAAUGCCAGAGAAGUUCAGGAGAAAAGAUACGUGUUAACUCUGGAAGUAUUAACCUCUGGUGAGAAAGAAUGGAGCUGUUCUGUUAUUGGACUGUGGAAAGCAGAUGCUUAGAAAUACUUGACCAUAAAAAAGUGUUGCUUCUACAGCGUUGGAUGUUGGCAGGUAACUAGGAACUCAACAGUUGUUUCCCAGGCAGUUGCCCAAGUCCUACAGUAAACUCUCUGAGGGGAAAAGAGCUGCAGUAUUUGUGAGGAAAUCACAUUAAUUCAAUUGCCAUGUGUGUAGAAAGCAAUGAGCAGUGUUUAUCGUAUCCCUUGUUACUGCUUCACAGAUCAUAUUCCCCCACCUGUUUGAGUAUUUUAUCAGAAAAGUGAUGUGAAAAGUUUUUUUGCAUGGUUGUCUCAAGCAUCGUCACUUUCUUCACGUGAUGAGCUAACGAAGAGGUGAAAUAACAGCAGCUUGUGCUCUGGGAAAGGUGUGUUACACUGCAGUGUUACUGAAUAAGUGCGUGUCCGUAACCUCGGAGCUAUGAACAGUAUGGAUCACGCUCAUGGAAGUAACUUUUCUGCUUGUGUUCAGAGUGAGAGCACUUGUCCAUUUUUUGCAUAUAAUGCCAAGCAAAACAACCAAAUGUGUUUCAGGAGCAUGCAGAAAACAUUUAACUGAAAUGUGUUAUUGGUGUAAACCUCUGACGUACAAAUAGCGGUUAUUUUCACUUUAUAAUUCUGGCUAAUUGUACAUUCAGAAUAACUCACAUACUGAAUAAAGAAACCUAAUAUUUUGCAUGAUUACAUAGCUUUGGCAAUUUGUUUGUUCUUAUGUCAGUAGUAUCUUGGGAAAGGAAUAUAAGCAACAAUUUUAAUGUUUUAUUAAGAUUUGAGUAAGAGCUUGGAAUUCUUCUAGAGCCUCCUGUUUAUGCCUUCCUCUCUCGGCGUAACCUGCCACUCGGUGGCUGAGGUUCUCACCCUCCCUUCAGUUUGGGACAGUGGUUUUACUGACUGUAGAAAUUAUAGAAUCAUUAGGUUGGAAAAGACCUUUGACAUCAAUUUCAACCAUACCUGUCCAAUAUUAAACACUAUCCCUAAGCACUUCAUUUGCCCAUCUUUUAAACACUUCCAGGGAUGGUGACUCAACCACCUCCCUGGGCAGCCUUUGCCAGUGCUUGAUGACCUUUUCUGUGAAGAAAUUUUUCCCAAUGUCCAAUCUAAACCUCUCCUGGUGCAGCUUAAGGCCAUUCCCUCUCAUCCUGUCGCCUGUCACUUGGGAGAAAAGAGCAACACCCACCUCUCUGCAACCUCCUUUCAGAUAGUUGUAGAGUGUGAUGAGGUCUCCCCUCAGCCUCCUCUUCUCCAAGGUAAACGACUCCAGUUUCCCGAGAGCUUGGUUCUCUCAUCUUCAUGUGAAAUAACUCAUCAGUAACGUGUUAAUAUUCUGCAAUAGUUUAACAGCUGGUGUUCUUCUGUUUAUUUAUAGUGUUCUGAUCUUCAUUUAUGAUCUUUCAGGACCAGAUCCACUCCUUAACAAUGGGAGAACGUUUUCCCAUCAAUUACCUUUCUAGAAUGAAGUCACUACCUUUUUAGAUAUUGACUUUUAGAUAUUUCUGAAGUAAAUUAAAUUACCUCUGCUAGAAGCAUGAUUUUAAAGUCUUUAUGUAAUCAGGAAAUGUACCUGUACCAAGAUACCUCAUCACUUUGAGGGUCACUGUUUUCUCACACUAAUAAUUUAUUACCAAACAAAAAGAUUUGCAGUACCUCAAGGGGCUACAAGAAAGCUCGGGAGGGACUUUUUACAAGGACAUGGAGUGCUAGGACAAGGGGGAAUGGCUUUAAGUUGAAGGGGAGAAGAUUUAUAUCAAACAUUAGUAAGAAAUUCUUCACCAUGAGGGUGGUGAGGCACUGGCACAGGUUGCCCAGGGAAGCUGUGGCUGCCCCAUCCCUGGAGGUGUUCAAAGCCAGGUUGGACGGGGCCUUGAGCAGCCUGGUCUGGUAGGAGGUGUCCCUGCCCAUGGAGGGGGCGUUGGAACUAGAGGACGUUUAAGGUCCCUUUCCAACCCAAGCCCUUCUGUAAGCUUAAAUGUUCAAUUAGCAUUAAAGCAAUGUUGCUGAUACGUGUCACUGAUAUAAAAAUGUCUCAACAAUAAAUGGCAAUAAGCAGGCCUGAUUAAAGCCCUCCUUUGAGGGUGUUGGGCCGCUUUAAGUGAAGAUUUUAGCUGAAACAGAACUGCUGAGCUAUUGUUUAGCUGUUCUUUCAAAGCACUGCAGGGUUGACCGACGUUAAAAGCUCAGGCAUAGGAAUGAGCCAAACAGAAACCAAAGCUACCUGUUUGUAGAAUGAGCACCUGGCAGGGGACAGAGCUAGGGCAAAAAAAAAGUGAGACCUGGUGCAUUUUAGACUUAGUCACCUGGAAAUAUAUUAUUGCUUGUAAAUCCCUGCACAGCUACAGUGGCAGGAUGUGACUGAGCAGCAGCUUAUCUGUGUGCCUCUAAGGUCUCAUUGCUGAAUAUUUUUCUAUUUACAGAAAUAGCCAUGUGGAACUCUACACACCAGACUCCCACAAAAACAAACUUAGCCUUUGGCUACUUUGUGGUUAGCAAAGUAUCCCAUUCCAUAACACUGGCACCUGUGCAUGUGCUGAGCAGCAGUGGGGUGAAGGCAGAAGAGCUGGCAAAAAAAAAAAAGUGACACCUCUGUAGACAUUUAAAGCUCAGGCAAUUCUGGCAGGUCUUAUCUGUUUUAGUUGGAGCAAGCAAUCGGAUCUCAAACAACAAACUGAGCACUGGUGUUAUGAAAUUUCAGCUGUGGUCUUUAAACAAAUCAGAGCAUUCCCUCUCAUUUUAGGUAACAUCUGCUGUCCAAAAAGCUCCUCGAGCUGCCACAGGAGUGCAAAAAAACCCCACAUCACCCAUGUAUGAAGGGCUGCAGUUUUUCCUCUUCAGUGAGCAGUGACUGUCUGCAACAUUACCUGCUUUUUGUUUUAAUGGCUGUAUAAAAAAACCCUGCAGCCAGAUGGCUGGCACACUGUCAUAAGGUUCUGAGAUUAAGUCUAAAAUACCCGCCCCCAUUCCUAACAGCGAAUUUAAGAUUCUAACUAAUUUAAGAUCCUCUAAAAAUCAGCAUCAGUGUCACUGUCAAAAAAGCAGAGGCUGGGAAAGGAUGUGACAUCACUCAGGAUGUGACAUCACUCAGGCUGAGUGCAUCACUGCGUACAGUUAAGCUGCAGAUACCUCCCUGGAGAGUUAGAACUCCCAGGCAAUAUUUUAUAGGUUUUAUUGAUGGCAUUUAUCCCAUGGUUUAACAUGUUAAUUAUACUGUAAUAAACAUGGCUUUAAUAUUAAACUUUUCCAUAUUAUCCAAAGUCACCACAGUCCAUUUCAGUAAAUAUAAAAAUAUAUACUUAAUACUUUGUACAAUACUGGUUUUUGGUCCAAACAAAAAUGGAUCAGAAAAGCCAAUAAACUUACUUUAAGAAUUCCCAAUUUUUAAAGAUUUUCUAAAUGGAUUUAGGCAACUUUGAAUAAUGGGAUUUACAUAAAAUCUGAGACAAUACUAAACAAAAAUGGCCGUAACACACAAAAUUAAAAUUUCCAUUUCACAGAUUUGUUAUGCCAAAAAAGUACAUAGAGAAACAAAAUUGUAUUUACACAUGUUUUA